CCAGCUGCAGAGUUCACAUGUGGCCAGCGCUCCAGGAGAGAGCAGACGAAGAUCGUGGGAGGAACAGUUGCCACUGUGGAAUCCCACCCGUGGGUUGCGGCCAUAUUUUGGCGCAGCAAAUCCAAGGAGAAGGUUUUCCGCUGCGGGGGGAGUCUGAUCUCAGCCUGCUGGGUGCUCACAGCUGCUCACUGCUUCCCCGACGGCUCCCUAACCAAAGCCAGGCGCUUCUCUGUCAUCCUGGGGAAAAAUAUGAUGAAUGAGAGCGACCCGACAGUGGAGCAAACAUUCAGGGUGGAGGAAAUCAUCCUCCAUGACGGGUUUGUCCAAAAUGGAGAGAGUUUUAACAACGACAUCGCUCUGCUGAAGCUGAGGGCCAGGAGUGGGCAGUGUGCAGAGGAGAGCAGCUCAGUGAAGAGCGUGUGUCUGCCGCCGCCUCAGCAGAACCUCCAGCCUGGAGUCUCCUGUGAGAUCGCUGGAUAUGGGAAAGAGAAAUUUGGUGAGAAAGUCUUCUGAAUACUGUUAUUGUGUCUAAAGUGGAUAUAGACUGUGU